UGGCAAACGAAGAGCAAAGGAAUAAUUUAUGGAAUUAUCUAGGAUUCUCCUCAGAUUUGGGUAUCGGUGGUAGUCGUAGUAAUUAUACUCUCACUUCAGAGCACACUGUAGGGACAGGACUACCCACUCUACAAGGAACUCAACAGCAGAACGUUAUCGAACGGCAUUAUAACAACCAUCAACCUCAUUACCCAACCAGCCAACAAAACUCUUCCGAUUCGGACGCUUCUGGAGAAUUCGACGAUAGCUUAUACGACCAAGAAUCGCGUAAUCUACGCGAAAAUAGAAUAAAGAACGAUUUUGGUGGCGCUAUUAGCCCUGCUUAUAUAAAUGAUACACUUAAUCAACGUACUAAACGCGAUAAACAGGGUAGCAAUCCAAAAGUAAAUAGUAAUGGUCAUUCGCUACGCUGUGCAUACUGUGCAGGUGAUUACGAUCUUAAUUUUAAAACAAACAAACCAGAAACUAUGAUCACCUGUGGUCAGUGUCAGUCAUCAGCCCAUCCGACUUGCUUACAUUUCACGCCCACACUUACGCAAAAUACUCUGUCAUACAACUGGUCAUGUGUAGAUUGUAAAGGCUGUGAAGUCUGCAAGAAUAAAGGAAAUGAGGAUGAUAUCAUCUUCUGUGAUCUUUGCGAUAGAGGCUGGCAUAUGCAUUGCUUGAAUCCACCAAUGAAUGAACCACCAGCGGGUGACUUCGCUUGUCCAAUCUGUUUACAUGCGGGUAAAACGCUCUCGAUGCAACAACCAGCACAGGCGCUUCCACAACAACAGCAACAACACCAGCAACCACAUGCAUAUUCACAACACCAGCAACAUCAACCAUACCCUAAUGCUAUACAGGCUAACAGUGGUGCAAAUAUACCAUUACACUCACCACUGACAUCUUAUGAUUUCCACCCACCCCCACCUUUAAUCGGAAACCUGCCGACACCUCAGCAAUCAGCUACAAUCCUCAAUGCAAGUAAGGCAAUGCUUAUGGGUAGACCUGCCCCACCUCUUUUUCCAAAUUUUUCUCCAAUCGCUCCUGCAGCUCCAAAACAAUCCAAAGGUAGAGGACGACCACGUAAGAUACUGCCUAAUGGUCCAUUGGGUGUUCCUAUGACACUUGAAGAGAGAGAAAGGGAGAAAGCCAUGAUAAGGGAAGAGAAAGCUAAAGCGAGAGAGGAGAGAGCUAGGCUGAAAGAACUGGAAAGGGAGAGGGAUAAAGAUAAACCAAAGAAUCCAGUCGGUAGACCGCCAGGUCCUCGUGCAUCUCUGAGUGCACCUAAACGUGUCAGUACUUUUAUUGUCAUUGAUAGCGACGAGGAUAAGAUGCUUGAAGACAGAGUUCAAAAUGAGCAGCAGCAAGGAGUGAAUCAAUCAGAUGACCGGCAGCAACAGUCAGUGGAAAUGCAUCAAGGAGAACAACCAAUGGAAGGUGUUGAAAGUGCACCUGCCGCUGGAGUAAACACUUCUGCUUUACCAAUAAAUAAGUCAGAGAAUCAGGAAAAGAAGGUUCCACAAGGUCAAGCUCAAGCUGAACCAGAAGAAAACGAUAACGAUGAUCUCUUCGGCGGUGUGCUAGAUCCAUACGAAGCACAGGUUACCUAUUCGACACCACAAAAAGACGACAAGGAGAGAUUCGAAAUCGCACGUCAGAAAGCAGACAUGAAACUGCAAAUAAAACCAAAGAAGCAACAGCAAUUCUUAUCAGCGAAUCCAUCUACGCCACAAGCCGAAGAGCAUAAAUCGAAAUCACCACCAAUCAAAUUCCUUCGAUUUGGUAAUUAUGAGAUACAAACGUGGUAUGCAGCACCAUACCCAGAAGAGUAUACGAAUUUGCCAAGUGGUAGAAUGUUCAUAUGUGAAUGGUGUCUCAGUUAUCGUAAAUCUGAAUUUCAGAUGAGCAGACAUACACUCAAAUGUAAAUAUCGAUACCCACCUGGUGAUGAGAUAUACAGGAAUGAAAAUGUCAGUAUAUUUGAGGUUGAUGGACGUAAGAACCGAAUAUAUUGUCAAAACCUCUGUUUAUUAGCGAAAAUGUUCCUCGAUCAUAAAACCCUUUAUUAUGAUGUUGAACCGUUCUUAUUUUAUAUAAUUACAGAACACACCGCCAAUGGUGAAGAAUUCGUUGGAUAUUUUAGUAAAGAGAAGCGUUCAGGCAUGGGAUACAAUUUGAGUUGUAUUAUGACACUUCCAAUUAGACAAAGAAAAGGAUGGGGUAUGUUUGCAAUAGAUUUCAGUUAUUUGCUAUCACGCAAAGAGGGCAAAAUAGGUACACCUGAAAGACCGCUUUCAAAACUUGGCUUUUUGUCUUAUAAAAGAUACUGGACGACGGCAAUCUACAAAGCACUCUUGAGUACCGAGCAACCACACACAUUAGGUCAAUUGAGUGAACUAACUGGUAUGACUAUUCCAGAUGUGACUUUCACAUUACGACAAAAUCAUCUCAUACAUUCUGUCAUUGUUGGUGAUGAAAAGGACUACGUGAAUGAGAAUAAUACCUAUAGGACUCGCACUAACAAACCACAUCUCGAAGAACAUCCAGAAAGAGCCAAUAAUGAUGAUCCUACUAGCGUACCAGUACCUGCUCCUAACACUUACAAGAUUACUUAUAAUAAAAACACACUAGAAGCAUACCUCGCUAAAGAUGCGGCUAAAGAUUACGUUAGACUUGCUCAAGAUAAGCUUAGAUGGCAACCAUUUAUUACACAUCAAUCUCAAUUGCCACAAUCUACUACAAAUGAGAAAACAGAAGAGGAUAAGGAGAAUAAAUCCAUCGCAAAAGAUGUAAAUAUGAUUGAGAACGAUCAAGGAUCUGACAAACAAGACGAAAAGCUACAUGAGAAUGAUGAGCAGAAUGCAGGAAUAAUCAAGAAUAACAAUCAAGAUACCCAAGUAGCAGUUUGA